GCAGCCGCAGGUGGGGCCGGGCCGGGCCGGCGGCGGCGGAGUCUGGCUCCGGCGGCGGCGGCAGGACGAUGGCCCGCGGGGACUCGGAGCAGGUGCGCUACUGCGCGCGCUGCUCCUACCUGUACCUCAAGUUCUCGCUCGUCAUCUACGCCUCCUUCUUCUGGUUUGUAGGUGCCUUAAUUCUCUCCGUGGGGAUCUACGCGGAAGUCGAGCGCCAGAAAUACAAGACCCUCGAAAGUGCCUUCCUUGCGCCCGCCAUCAUCCUCAUCCUCCUUGGGGUCAUCAUGUUCAUCGUCUCCUUCGUGGGGGUCUUGGCUUCCCUCCGGGACAAUUUCUGUCUCCUCCAGGCGUUCAUGUACAUCUUGGGGAUCUGCCUCAUCAUUGAGCUCAUCGGGGGCGUGGUGGCCCUGACCUUCAGGAACCAGACGAUCAAGUUUCUGAAUGACAACAUCCGAAGGGGAAUUAAGAAUUACUACGAUGACCUGGACUUUAAGAACAUCAUGGACUUUGUUCAGGAGCGGUUUAAGUGCUGCGGGGGAGAAGACUACAAAGACUGGGCCAUGAACCAGUACCACGACUGCGAGGCUCCCGGGCCCCUGGCUUGUGGGGUGCCGUACACCUGCUGCUUCAGAAACACGUCUGACGUCAUCAACACCAUGUGCGGCUACAAAACCAUCAACCAGGAGCGCCUGAGCGUCCUGGACGUGAUCUACAUCCGCGGCUGCACCAAUGCUGUGAUCAUCUGGUUCAUGGACAACUACACCAUCAUGGCUGCCGUCCUGCUGGGCAUCCUGCUGCCCCAGUUCCUGGGCGUGCUGCUCACCCUUCUCUACAUCACGAGGGUGGAGGACAUCAUCUCGGAGCACUCGGUCACCGACGGCCUCCUCGGCAGCGAGAGGAAGGCGGACAUGGAGUUUUCGGGGGCCGGCUGCUGCAUGUGCUACCCUGGGGAGCACCCGCCGGGCCUGUGACGGCCUGCACCGGACUGAGGGGCGGUGGGGAGACCCCCGGAGCCCCAGGCCCCAUCCGCUGAGAGCCCGUUUUCCUGUCCUGACAUUCUCUGGGACUCACAGGGGUCCUGACUCAGCCAUCCUCCUCCUCGGGACAGAGCCGGGGCCAACUGGCUGGAGACCCCGUUCCCGUGCCUUCUGUGGUGGUGACUGAGGGGCCGACUUGGGGUCCGGAGCCCUGGGGCCUCCCACCCCCUGUCUUGGUCUCCAUAGGCGGCUGUCCCGGCCCACUUAUGUCCUGGCUGGGAAGCUUGGGGCCAAGAAGAAGGAAGGUUUCUGGGUUAAGCCCAAGAGGCCAAGUGUGGGAAGGGGCGGUUUGCCCCGAGCUGGCGACCAAGGGCUGCUCCUGGGCACGGAAGUCAGUGUGGCUGGCUCUGUGCGAGCUAUGGGGAGGGUGGGGGGUGAGCAGCCGGGGCCCCCGGCAGCGUCCGGAGCCGCCGCGAGUGUCCCCAGCCAGCCGCAGUGCCUUAGCGCGGCCAUUCUUUCUGUGCUCUGUGCCUUGAGCCCCCACGGGGGCGGCUGCUUCGGAGACCCCUUUUUAUGUGACUUUUGUAAUUGUAGAGUUUUGUACACAAAUAACAGGCCUGUUUGACUAAUGAA